GAUUCUAGAAUUGGAAAGAUCAGUUGGUUUGGCAAUAGUUCGCCGGAGAGAUCUCCGGGACGGAGUGAUCGGUCUUUGACCACCGCGGAAAAACAAGGUGUGAUUUGGAGGGAAGGCCGAUGGAGAAUCUUUUGGCUCUUUUUGAUGCAUUGAUGCGGAAUAUAUCACUCAUGAAAGGGGAGAGCUGGAGGAGUGAUGUUGGAAGAGAAGCUGCUGAAUCGUUAGCAAAGGAAGCAAGGGGGAACAAUUUGAUGUUGACUUCUCCAGGCAUUAUAAAUUCAAGGGGCUCUAGCAAUUUUGCCUCUGUCUUCUCCAAGAAAGGAAAGAAAGGAGUGAAUCAAGAUUGCUUCAUUGUGUGGGAGGAGUUUGGAUGCCAAGAAGACAUGACCUUUUGUGGGAUUUUUGAUGGGCAUGGCUUGUGGGGGCACCAUGUAGCCAAAAGGGUCAGGAAAUUGAUGCCAUCAUUUUUGUUAUGCCAUUGGCAAGAAACUCUUGCACUUGCUCAGGGUUUUGACAUGAUGGGACUUGAUAGAAACCUUUGCCCAUUUGAUAUAUGGAGGCAAUCCUACUUGAAAACUUGUGCUGCCAUUGAUGAGGAGCUCGAGCAGCAUGCAGAUCUUGAUUCUUUUCGCAGUGGCACCACAGCUUUGACAAUUGUUCGACAGGGAGAACUCAUUAUCAUAGCAAAUGUUGGUGAUUCUCGGGCUGUGUUGGGAACCACGUCUGAUGAUGGCAGCCUUGUAGCAGUUCAACUUACCGUCGACUUUAAGCCCAAUUUACCUCAGGAAGCUGAGCGAAUAACUAAGUCCAGAGGGCAGGUAUAUUGCUUACAAGAUGAGCCAGGGGUGUACAGGGUUUGGAUGCCAAAUACAAAGACACCAGGGUUAGCAAUAUCAAGAGCCUUUGGUGACUACUGCAUGAAGGACUUUGGGGUUAUUUCCGUGCCUGAAGUCACACAAAGAAAUAUAACCAGCAGAGACCAAUUUGCCAUUUUAGCCACAGAUGGGGUAUGGGAUGUCAUCUCCAACCAAGAGGCAGUUGAGAUUGUUUCUUCAGCACCAGACCGAAACAAAUCUGCUAAAAGGCUGGUGGAAUGUGCAGUUGAUGCAUGGAAACGAAAGAAACGGGGUGUUGCAACGGAUGACAUCACAGCUAUUUGCCUCUUCUUCCACCCUUCACCCUCCCAGCAAGGCAACAAUGCUAAGGUCCUAGAAGAGGCUGGCAUGACAAAAGCUGGGUAAUUGCUCAUUGCCCUUGCCUUUAGGCUAUCUUUCAACUAUGUUUCAAUUUCAAUAUCUUUGUUGCAUGCCUUUAAAUGUAUGCAAGUUUGAAUGAAAAAUCAUAAAUGUGAACAAGAACUUUCCUGAAUAUUGUGGACUCUUCCUCGUUUCUGAAUUAUAUCUUCACCAGUUGGAUCAAAUCUCAUGUAUGUUUUUGUAUUAUUCAAAAAUACUAGUGCUGUUAUGUGCUGUAAUUCACAAGAGAAAUAUCUUGAUGGUAUUUAAGAUUA